AUGCCCGGCCGUACUACUGAUACGCCCAUCCGCAAGGUCGCACUAGCCGGCAAAGGUUACGUAGGCGAAAAGAUUUACGAUGAACUGGUCAAAUCCGAAUAUGAUGUUACUAUUCUAUCACGAUCUAACCCGGAAAACGCGCCAAACGUCCGCGUCGUCGACUAUGCCUCCACAAAAAGUCUCACAGAGGCCCUCCGCGGCCAGGACGCAGUCAUCUCCGCCAUCAACCCCGCAGGAUGGCCGCACCAGUACAAAUUGAUUGACGCCGCCGUUGAAGCUGGCUCGGUGAAGCACUUCAUCCCCAGCGACUUUACUUCUCUAUCGACAAACCCUGCCGUCGCCGAGUAUCCUUAUUACAAGGACGCCGUGGCGAUCCAGGCGUACCUGAAGAAGAGGGCGGACGAGAGCGGAAUGAAGUGGACCAUUAUCGCCACGGGCCCUCUUCUAGGCUGUGUGCUGAAUGGGAACUACAUGUACAAUUACCAAGAGCAGACCGCUCUGCAGGUCAGCGACGUAACGCAUCGUGUCAGCGUGACGCGGAGACCGACGCUCGCAAAGGCUGUCUCGGGCAUCUUUGCCAGGUCUCAGGAUAUGGAGAGCGGCGCAUUCUUCAUUCAGGACUAUACUACAUCGCAAAAGGAGAUGCUGGAUAUCGCCGAGAGACUUUCUGGCAAGGCAUGGCCUGUUCAACACGUUGACGGCGAGGAGAAGCUCAAGGAUGGGCUAGCUAUGUUCAGGAGGGCGGAUGCAGAAGGGACUACGCCGCCGAUUUUUGCUACGUUUCUUGUGAUCCACAAUACCAUCUUUGGCGGAAAGUACAAUACUGCUUGGGAUGGUAAGGGUAACAAGUUCCUCGAGUUACCUGUCAUGUCAAAGGAGGAGUUUGAGGAGCUGAUUGCGACGAGAGUCCGGAAUGAGCCUAUUGAUGGUGGGCUGCCCUGGAACUCGGCCCCGAAACCUCGGAAUGCGGCCUAG